AGCAUGGAUCAAGCUUCCGAGCGAUAUAAAAUAUGGUGCGCGAGCACAGAGGCUGGAGAUAGUACAAUAUCGCUCCCGCUUCACGCAGCAAUCAUGGCACCCGAGCGUAAACGUCGACCGACCUGCGAGUGCACAUUCGGAAACUGCCAGAUGGACUUUACGAGCACGAGAGACGCUCGCGUUCACAUAGAAGGCGUACACUUACACCAUAGGCGCUAUAGCUGCUUCUGCGGCAUGUAUGCUACCGCAGACCCUUCCGCAAUCCGAAGACAUCGCAAAACGAAACAUUCAGAUGUCGCAAUAGGAAGUUGCUGGUUAGACAACGAUUGUCUAGUGUCCUGGGGGCAGUACUGUUGUACAUUUAACAAUUCGGAAGCAUCUGAAGUUACAAGAGUAGACCAAGGUCAAGACGAAUGGAUGGAUGACACCGACGGUUCCUUCCAAAGCCCAAACGAUUAUCAGAACUGGGGCAUAUUCUACACGGCAACCUACCUCCAAGCCUCAUCCCCAAACGAUCUCCCACCCCUUUCUUCUCCUCCCGCGGCACCGGUCGUUCCGGUUACAGGGGAUUGUGGGGCCGCCCAGAACCAGCCGGGGGAGAGCCUCCAGCAUUCCGCCAACGACUUCCUCAAGACGUUCCGAUUCUAA